AUGGUCAAUGAAUCUUGCAGCGCCAGCAGCGGGAUUGGUGGUGGCAGCAACGGGGUGGCCGGCCUGAGGCCCGAAGGGAACAGCAGCGGCAGCGAGAGCUCAAAGGACAGCUCGCGAUGCUCCACCCCCAUCCUGGAUGCCGAGCGGCACGACCGCCUGUGCGAAAAGAUGCGACGGAGGCAGGACUCCGGGGACAAGUGGUUCUCCCUGGAGUUCUUCCCCCCGCGGACGUCCAUCGGGGCCGUCAACCUCAUCUCCAGGUUCGACCGCAUGGGGGCAGGCGGCCCACUCUUCAUCGACGUCACCUGGCACCCGGCCGGAGACCCCGGCUCCGAUAAGGAAACCUCCUCGAUGAUGAUCGCCAGCACGGCUCUCAACUACUGCGGCCUGGACACCAUCCUGCACAUGACCUGUUGCAACCAGACGAAGGAGAUGAUCACCGCGCACCUGCACAAAGCCAAGCGGCUGGGGCUGAAGAACGUCAUGGCGCUGCGCGGGGAUCCGAUUGCAGAAGAGUGGCAAGAGGAAGUGGACGGCUUCAACUAUGCCACAGACUUGGUGAAGCACAUCCGUUCCGAAUUUGAAGAUUAUUUUGAUAUCUGCGUGGCGGGUUACCCCAAGGGCCAUCCAGAGGCAGAGAGCUACGCUGAUGACUUGAAGCACCUGAAGGAGAAGGUCUCGGCAGGAGCUGACUUUGUCAUUACGCAGCUCUUCUUCAGGUCGGAAACAUUCCUCAAGUUUCUGAAGGACUGCCAGGACAUCGGCAUCACUUGCCCCGUUGUGCCGGGAAUCUUUCCCAUACAGGGUUAUCAUUCUCUGCGCCAACUUGUGAAGUUGUCUAAGCUGGAGGUGCCCCAGGAGAUCAAGGACAUUAUCGAGCCCAUCAAGGACAACGAUGCGGCGAUCCGAAAUUACGGCAUCGAGCUGGCGGUGACCAUGUGCCGCGAGCUGCUAGACAGCGGCUUGGUGCACGGCCUGCAUUUUUACACCCUCAACCGGGAAGUGGCCACCAUGGAAGUGCUGAGGCGUCUGGGCCUCUGGAAGGAGGACCCCAGGCGACUCCUGCCAUGGGCCAUCAGCGCUCACCCCAAGCGGCGAGUCGAAGACGUCCGGCCCAUUUUCUGGGCUUCCAGGCCAAAGAGCUACAUCUACCGAACUCAGGAAUGGGACGAGUUCCCCAACGGCCGCUGGGGUAAUUCAUCCUCCCCAGCCUUUGGAGAGCUCAAGGACUAUUACCUCUUCUACUUGAAGAGCAAGUCUCCUCGGGAGGAGCUCCUGAAGAUGUGGGGUGAGGAGCUGACCAGCGAGCAGAGCGUCUUUGAGGUGUUCGGGUGCUACAUCUCCGGAGAGCCCAACAAGAAUGGCCACAAGGUGACUUGCCUGCCCUGGAACGACGACCCGCUGGCUCCUGAGACCAAUCUCCUGAAGGAAGAACUGGCCACAGUGAACAAGAGAGGGAUCCUGACCAUCAACUCCCAGCCCAACAUCAAUGGCAAGCCAUCCACCGACCCCAUCGUGGGCUGGGGGCCUAGUGGGGGCUACGUCUUCCAGAAGGCUUACCUGGAGUUCUUCACUUCCAGCGAGACUGUCACGGCCCUCCAGACAGUCCUGAAGAAAUACGGGCAGCGGGUGAAUUACCACAUUGUCAACGUCAAGGGCGAGAACAUCACCAACGCUCACGACCUGCAGCCAAAUGCUGUGACUUGGGGCAUCUUCCCCGGCAGGGAGAUCGUCCAGCCGACGGUGGUGGAUCCAGUUAGCUUCAUGUACUGGAAGGAUGAGGCCUUUGCCCUGUGGAUCGAGCAGUGGGCCAAGCUGUACGAAGAGGAAUCUCCCUCCCGCAUGAUCGUCCAGUACAUCCACGACAACUACUACCUGGUUAACCUGGUGGACAAUGAUUUCCCCCUUGACAACUGCCUCUGGCAGGUAGUGGAGGACACUUUUGAGCUGCUGAACUGUCCAGUCUGUCAGUGAAUGAGGUCCCCCAGGCAACCUGGCC